AUGGCAACCAUCGCCUUUCCCUCCCUCUCCAAAUGCCAUACCCUCUCUACUUCCCACACGUACACCUACGUUCACCAUCCCGCCUCUCAAUCCCAUCCUACUCUUCUCUUCCUCCAUGGCUUUCCCUCCUCCUGCUUCGACUGGCGACACCAAAUCCAUUUCUUCGCCAACAAAGGUUACGGAAUCCUCGCCCCAGAUCUCCUAGGAUACGGCGGCACCUCCAAGCCCACAUCCCUCGACGCCUACCGAUCUAGACCCAUGGCAUCGGAGAUAAUCGAGCUGAUGGACCACGAGGGGAUCGCACGCGUCCACGCCGUGGCUCACGAUACGGGCUGUAAUCUGCUCUCACGACUGGCGGAUUACUUCCCCGGUCGGUUACUGUCGUGUACGUUUCUUGAUGUGCCGUAUUCGAAUCCAGGGGAACGCUUCGAUCUCCAGAUGGUCAAUUCCCUGACUAGGGAGUUUAUGGGAUUUGAAAGGUUUGGGUAUUUGGAGUUUUUUGUCCAGAGUGAUGCGGGGAGGGUGUUAGAUGAAUCGAGACCACGGAUUGAUAUCUGCAUACCUAACCAGGGAGACUCAUUCUUCACGCUCUUCUACCCUGCUGAUCCUGACCUCUGGAUCACCGACCUUGGUCCAAUAGGCGCACUGAAAUCAUGGCUCCUUAAUGACCGUCGGGGUCCUUUACCCACGUAUAUCAGCGAAAAGGAAAAAACCACCCAUCAAACAAUCAUGAAGGGGCAGUACAGCCAUGCCCUGAAGUGGUAUCAAGCUCUAGUGGGAAACAUCAACGAGGAAGAUGAGAUCCGAGCCGGUCUGCGUCCGGUUCUCCCUAUGCCGGUGCUGAUGGUCAGUCCACAGCCGAGUCGACUGCAGUUCCCCGGGACGAUGGAGAAGAUGAAUCAAGUGGCAGGGGACUUGACGAUGAAGACGGUCUCUACUAAGGGUCAUUGGGUGCAGUUGGAGGCUGGAGAUGAGGUUAAUGCUUUUCUAACGGAGUUUUGGGAGCAGGCGAAUGCGUAG